UCUCCUACUGUGUGAGCACGAGAACAUAGCCCCAAGCAUAAGCAGCAAAUACAAAAUUAGCUCUCCAACAACUGCUUGCUGGCAUACACACAACCAAACCGCAGACAAAUUUCCAUCUCCAGCAACAACCAACAAACAAAUAUUCAACGUCAGCCACCAGCGCUGUGAGUAGUGAAUAAUCAAUAAACAAUAAAAAAUGGCUUCUGUUAAGGAUAAUCUGAUGAAUCAAGUUGCCGAAGUUUUGCCUUCCGGCGGCAACAAAGUGACCAUUGUUGGUAUUGGCCAAGUUGGUAUGGCCUGUGCUUUCAGUAUUUUGGCUCAAAAUGUAUCCAGCGAGGUAUGCCUCAUGGAUGUCUGCAAAGAUAAACUAAUGGGCGAAUUGAUGGACUUGCAACAUGGCUCCAACUUUUUGAAAAAUCCCAAAAUUACCGCCAGCACAGACUAUGCCGCAUCCGCCAAUUCCAGAUUGUGCAUUGUUACCGCUGGCGUUCGUCAAAAGGAGGGUGAAUCACGCCUGUCAUUGGUGCAGCGCAACACAGAUAUCCUUAAGCACAUCAUUCCCAAGUUGGUGGAGAACUCACCCGACACCAUUUUGCUGAUGGUCUCCAAUCCCGUGGACAUCAUGACCUAUGUGGCCUGGAAGCUUUCGGGUUUGCCCAAGAAUCGCGUCAUUGGUAGUGGUACCAAUUUGGAUUCGUCUCGUUUCCGUUUCCUGAUGUCUCAACGCUUGGGUGUGGCACCCACAUCCUGCCAUGGCUGGAUUAUUGGUGAACAUGGUGACAGUUCGGUGCCAGUGUGGUCCGGCGUCAACAUUGCCGGUGUACGUUUGCGUGAGUUGAACCCCAACAUUGGCUCCACUGAAGAUCCCGAGAAAUGGAAUGAGGUGCACAAGCAAGUGGUUGAGUCCGCCUACGAAGUCAUCAAGCUGAAGGGUUACACCUCCUGGGCCAUUGGUUUGAGCACAGCCUCGUUGGCCUCUUCGAUUUUGAGAAACACCAGUUCCAUUGUGGCUGUAUCCACCUCCGUUAUGGGUGAACAUGGCAUUGACAAGGAUGUGUUCCUCUCCCUACCCUGUGUGUUGAACGCCAAUGGUGUGACCCAUGUUGUUAAGCAAAUUCUGACCAACACUGAAAUUGAACAAUUGCAAAAAUCCGCCAACAUCAUGGCUGAAGUUCAGACUGGCCUUAAGUUCUAAGCCUAAGGCUUAUCUCAUUUACCUCUCAAAUACCAAACACCAUACAUUUUAGCGCUUAUAUUAAAGAGAAUGGUUGGCAUAAGAGGCGCAUGUACUGCUUGGUCCUUAUAAAAAGUGCAUUUUUAUAUGGACUGAGUAGGUCUAUAACUAUCUACCUAAACGUAAAAUAAGGUUACAACUACUAGUAUUUGUUAUUUAUUAUAAUUUUAUGUAAGACCAUUUUGUGUUUUUAGUUAACUUUAAUCAAAUCCUGAGUUUUUUUAUGUUUGUUUUUUUUUCUUUUUUUUUAUAAA